AUGUUCUUUCGGAGCCAUAAAAGAGACGCCUUUCGGUCGGAGCGGGGGGAGAUGGAGCAGCUGCGGCAGCUCCAGGGGAAGGGGAGGGGGACGCGGCGGCUGGAGCGACGGAACGCAGAGAAGAACAUCGACUACGACGCGUCGUCGUCGGUGGUUGGUGGCGGUGUGUCGUGGUCCUCCACUUCGUCGGACGAGUCCCCCCGAAUCCGCAUCACCCGAUCGCUGGACCUCCCGCCGUCGUCGUUGUUGGACCAGAAGAGUUUCCGAAUUGGGGGCAGCGUGGAGGGCGAGGUCGAUCUCCUCUGCCGAAGCCUUGGGUUGACGGGACCUGAGGACUUCGCCAUUCCUGUAGCCGCCUGGGAGGCCCGCAAGGUCCGGUCCUCUUCCGACCUCCUCCCCAGGUCCCGCCUCUACCCUGAUAGCCCCAGGCCACAAGAUCCCACCUUUGCCCCGAAUUCUACUCCUGCCGGUCCUUCUAGCUUAUCGGCUGAAAAAUCCGUCGGCCGGCAGGUUGUCCAGGUGAAAGUUCCAAGCCAGCCUGACAAGCCCGUGGCUGAAAGUAAGGUUCUUGAUGGUGAAAGUCCGAAGAAUUCAACUCCAUUCCCAGUUGUAAAAGGAGGAGACGGAGGAAUUAGAGGUGUUCGCCCUCCAGCUCUUGCUCCUCCCCCUGCAAUUUUGAUUCUUCCCCCUCCACCAGGGAGGCCACUCGCGCCGCCUCCAUCAAUCUCCAUUCCUGCCAUUGACAAGGUAGGCUCGACCUGGGAUAUAUUGAGGUCCUUUGCUCCUGAUGAAGAAAACAAUGAUCUUGGCGCGGAAGGGGGGAGAAGGAAAUCCUUCAACUCAGAGGAGGACGAGGAGGAAGAAGCUCCUGCUGGUGGAGAGGUUGCAGUGGUGGAGUUGACAUUGGGGGAGACCUCCGAGAGCUUUACCGGGACAUCGUCAUACUCCACCAUUGACGACGACACCUCAAGUACAACUACUGAAACAAUGUUUAUCGUCUCGCCGAAUGGCAAGUUCAUGAGGAGGAUCAGGACAUGGAUGCGAGGUGGGCUUCUUGGGAGCGGUUCAUUUGGGAUGGUCUAUGAAGCAAUCAGCGAUGAGGGUGUAUUCUUUGCUGUUAAAGAAGUAUCUUUGCUUGACCAUGGAAGCAAUGCCCAACAAUGCAUUCUUCAACUUGAGCAGGAAAUUGUGCUUUUAAGUCAGUUUGAACACGAAAACAUAGUUCAAUAUUAUGGAACAGACAAGGAAGAUUCCAAACUGUUUAUCUUCCUUGAGCUUGUUACUCAAGGAUCUCUUGCAUCUCUCUAUCAGAAGUAUCGUCUGGUCGAUUGUCAAGUCUCUGCAUUUACCAGGCAGAUCUUAAAUGGUUUGAAGUAUCUUCAUGACCGAAAUGUGGUGCACAGGGAUAUUAAAUGCGCCAACAUUUUGGUUCAUGUAAAUGGAUCUGUAAAACUUGCUGAUUUUGGAUUGGCUAAGGAGAUCACCAAGUUUGACAUGCUGAAAUCAUGUAAAGGAAGUGUGUACUGGAUGGCUCCAGAGGUUGUUGAUCCUAGAAAAACAUAUGGGCCUGCAGCUGAUAUUUGGAGUCUUGGGUGCACUGUCUUGGAGAUGUUAACACAGCAACUUCCUUAUCCCAAUCUGGAGUGG